AAGACCACCUCCCAGCUGGCUUCCCGACCAUUGACAUGGGCCCACAGCUGAAAGUGGUGGAAAAGGCCCGCACAGCCACAAUGCUCUGUGCUGCUAGCGGUAACCCUGAUCCUGAAAUCUCCUGGUUUAAGGACUUCCUGCCUGUUGACACUGCAACUAGCAAUGGGCGAAUCAAGCAGCUCCGCUCGGGUAAGAUUGGUGGUACACCGAUCAGAGGAGCUCUGCAAAUAGAGAACAGUGAGGAGUCAGACCAAGGCAAAUACGAAUGUGUUGCAACCAACAGUGCAGGAACCCGCUACUCUGCCCCAGCUAACCUUUACGUUCGAGAUCAGCGAGAAGUGCGGCGUGUUGCUCCUCGAUUCUCUAUCCCUCCGAGCAACCAUGAGGUGAUGCCUGGGGGGAGCGUGAACCUCACAUGUGUGGCAGUAGGCGCUCCAAUGCCCUACGUGAAGUGGAUGGCUGGUGUGGAGGAGCUGACCAAAGAGGAUGAGAUGCCCGUCGGUAGGAAUGUCUUGGAGCUGAACAACAUCAUGCAGUCUGCCAACUACACCUGUGUGGCCAUCUCUUCCCUCGGCAUGAUCGAAGCCACAGCCCAGAUCACUGUCAAAGCACUGCCAAAACCUCCAACAGAGCCAUUAGUGACUGAAACGACAGCUACCAGCGUGACCCUCACCUGGGAUUCAGGCAACUCUGACCCGAUUUCAUAUUACGUCAUCCAGUACAAGCCCAAAUCCUUGGAGGGUCAGUUCCAGGAGGUGGAUGGUGUGGCAACAACCCGCUAUAGCAUAGGUGGGCUCAGCCCUUUCUCAGAGUAUGAGUUCCGGGUCAUCGCAGUCAAUAACAUUGGCAGGGGUCCCCCCAGUGAGCUGGUCGAGGCCCGGACAGGAGAACAAGCUCCUUCAAGUCCACCUCUCAAAGUCCAGGCACGGAUGCUGAGCGCCAGCACCAUGCUGGUCCAGUGGGAGCAGCCAGAGGAGCCAAAUGGACAGAUCCGAGGGUACCGUGUUUACUAUACCACCGACCCGCAUCUGCCUUUGAGCAUGUGGCAGAAACACAACACUGAUGACAGUCACCUCACCACCGUUGGGAGCCUCAUCACAGGGACCACGUACAGCAUCCGUGUCCUGGCCUUUACUUCAGUGGGCGAUGGACCCCCCUCGGACAUCAUCCAGGUCAAAACGCAGCAAGGGGUUCCUGCUCAGCCAGCUGACUUCCAGGCAGAAGCAGAGUCUGAUACCCGCAUCUUGUUGACAUGGCUGCCUGCCUCUCAGGAACGCAUUACCAAAUACGAGCUGCUGUACUGGGAAGGGGAGGAUGGCACCCAGCAAAAGGUGGAGUUUGACCCAACAUCCUCGUAUGCUGUGGAAGGCCUCAAACCAGACACGCUAUAUAAGUUCCGUCUGGGUGCCCGCUCAGAGCUGGGUGUAGGAGUCUACACCCCCAUGAUCGAAGCCAGAACUGCCCAAUCCACCCCCUCCGCCCCACCCCAAGAAGUCGAGUGUGUAAGCACCAGCUCCACUACCAUCCGGGUAAGUUGGGUGCCACCACCUGCCCAGAGCCGCAAUGGGGUCAUCACCCAGUACUCCAUUGCCUACCAGGCAGUGGAAGGAGAUGACAACACCAAGCAUGUGGUGGAUGGCAUUGGACGGGAGCACUCCAGCUGGGAGAUCAAGGACCUGGAGAAAUGGACCGAGUACAAGGUGUGGGUAAGGGCUCACACCGAUGUGGGGCCAGGACCGGAGAGCAUCCCCGUUCACGUCCGCACUGAUGAGGAUGUGCCCAGUGCCCCACCUCGAAAGGUGGAAGUAGAGUCUGUGAAUUCGACUGCCAUCCGGGUGAGCUGGAAGCUGCCCAUCUCCAACAAGCAGCACGGGCAGAUCCGCGGGUACCAGGUUACAUAUGUGAAGCUGGAAAACAAUGAGCCCCGAGGGCAGCCAGUGAUCAAGGACGUCAUGCUGUCAGAAGCACAGUGGAGAACUGAGGACUCCGUCGACCACGAGACAGUCAUUGGAGGCCUGCUGCCGGAAACCACCUACUCCGUCACAGUUGCUGCCUACACCACCAAAGGUGAUGGUGCCCGCAGCAAGCCGAAAGUCAUCACCACCACAGGGGCAGUCCCGGGGAAGCCCACCAUGAUGAUUAGCACGACAGCCAUGAACACAGCCCUCAUCCAGUGGCACCCACCCAAGGAGAUGGUAGGGGAGCUGCUGGGUUACAGGCUGCAGUACAGACGUCUUGAUGAGGAAAAGAUGAACACGAUAGACUUUGGGAAGAGAGACCAUCACUACACUGUGACCAACCUGCAUAAGGGGGCCACGUACCUCUUCAAAUUGUCUGCCAAGAACAGAGCUGGCCCAGGAGAGGAGUUUGAGAAGGAGAUCACUACUGCAGAAGAUGUGCCAAGCGGCUUCCCACAGAACCUGCGUGUGGUGGGUCUCACCACUUCCACCACAGAAGUUGCAUGGGACCCUCCAGUCUUGGCAGAAAGAAACGGCAAGAUAGUCAACUACACAGUGGUAUACAGGGACAUAAAUAGCCAGCAGGACCUGGUUAACAUCACCAAGGAUACAAGUAUCACUUUGACGAAUUUGAAGCCUGAUACCACUUACGACAUCAAAGUGAGGGCCCGCACCAAUAAGGGGGUUGGGCCACUCAGCCCCAGCAUCCAGUCCCGGACCAUGCCUGUUGAGCAAGUGUUUGCUAAGAACUUCCGCGUCAAUGCCGUCAUGAAAACGUCUGUGUUGCUGAGCUGGGAAGUGCCUGACUCCUAUAAAUCUGCAGUGCCUUUUAAG